GUGUGCGCGCGCAUUCCCAUGUUCGCCCUUCCGCUUCUCGCCCGUGCCGGCGCUGCCGCCGCUCCGUGUCUCUGAGGGAAGGACACCCGCGGGGCUAGCCAGCCGGCCGCCAGGAUGUCGUACAUGCUGCCGCACUUGCACAAUGGGUGGCAGGUGGACCAGGCCAUCCUGUCGGAGGAGGACCGGGUCGUGGUCAUCCGUUUCGGGCACGACUGGGACCCCACGUGCAUGAAGAUGGAUGAGGUCCUGUACAGCAUCGCCGAGAAGGUUAAAAACUUUGCUGUUAUUUAUCUUGUGGACAUCACUGAAGUACCAGACUUCAACAAGAUGUACGAGUUGUAUGAUCCCUGUACCGUCAUGUUUUUUUUCAGGAACAAACACAUCAUGAUUGAUUUAGGUACAGGUAAUAACAACAAGAUCAACUGGGCAAUGGAAGAUAAGCAGGAGAUGAUUGACAUUAUAGAAACUGUUUAUAGAGGAGCCCGCAAAGGUCGAGGUUUGGUGGUAUCACCGAAAGAUUAUUCCACUAAAUACAGAUAUUGACAUUUCUUUGGGCUGCCUUUUUUGAUAAUCCUAUGUCCACUUAAAUUUAUUUCUGUGUAUGUGUGUACAUAUAUGUAUAUUAAAAGAAAAAACCCUACAAGUCCUUGAA